AUGGCCUUUUUGAAACUUCUCCCCUUCAUAACUGUUGUACUUGUCGGUACUGGCAGAGCUUGGGGCACCACUCUAGACUCAAGCGACCUCGUUGCACGGGUUGACCUCAGAAAUGCCGUUGGUACUGAGCAUAUCGUGCAGCCUCGUUACAAUGAAGCUUCUGUCACCGUUCGUGCUGAAGAAGGCGACACUGCUGUGGGAAAUAAAGCCUAUGUGUUGAGGAGAGAACGCGACCAGAGUUACAACCAGAGAAGCCCUAGGGCCUCUAACAGCCUCAGAGCUACACUGAGAGUUAUCUCGAAACCCAAGAGCAAGAUCACGAAAAAUCCCAAGCCCAAGCUUGCGUUGAAGCCCCAACCCAAGACCGGAAAAGCUGCCCCUAAGCCCAAGCACGGCAUUUCCAAAGCCGGGUUGAAGCACAAACCUAAGGUUCAGAACACCUCUGCUAAGCCAAAGCUCAAGACUCAAAGUGCCGCUGUCAGACACAAACCAAAGGCCCCCACAGCUCCAGCGCCGCCUAAGCAUAAGAGCACGAAAGCUUCUGGAAUUCACAAACACAAAACUCAAAACUCCGCUGCCAAGCGCAGGCCCAAGGUUCAGAACACCGCUACCAAGCAAAAGCCAAAGGCCCCUAAAGCCUCAACACCGCCUAAGUAUAAGAGCACGAAAGCUUCUGGAUUUCAAAAGCACAAGAAUCAUCAUGCUCCUAGCAAGCACAAGCCCAAAGUUCAGAAUUUCGCUACCAGACACAAGCCAAAGGUUCACAAUGCCGCUGCCAAGCACAAGCCCAAGGUUUCCAAGCCUUCAGCCCCGCUUAAGCAUAAGAAUUCUGAGGGUUUUAGAAAGCAUAAGCCUAAGGCUCAGAAAGUUGUAGCAAAGCACCGUAAUAAGGCUCAUACGGUUCAUUCCAAGAAAACGACCAAGGCCGCACCGCACCGCAAACCUAAGCCUCACAAGGUUGCUACCAAGCAGAACAUUAAGGCUCACAAGGCUGUAGCAUGGCCUAAACACCAACCCGGCAAACAAUCUGCGAACAAUAGGUCUAAGGCCCCUAAACAACACAAGCCAAAAAGUACUAAGGUCGCCCCAACGCCCCAACGCAAAGUUGCCAAGACCAGCAAGCCGAAUCAACGUAAUAAGCCUAAAACUGCGCCUGGGGGGAAGGGUCCCAUCUGUCGGCGAGGACCCGGUGAAAGCUGUGGCAACCAGCGUUCCGCAAGCCCGGAUAGAGCAUCGACUUCCAGCUCGGAAGGCGGGGUAGUUGAUCUCAAAGAUGUGAGCAUCGUCGGACCUAACCUCCUUGCAGGUGACAGUUCUCGAAAUAGACGAACGGGCGCCGACCCGGAUGAUAUAUCACCAUCUACAUAUAACUACCUGGGUCGAGUUGGGGACUUGCAUGCUAAUACGGCUCUCCAAGGUCGGCUUGGAUAUCAAGGCGUGCCUGGCCCUGGUGCAAUUGUCAACAGUAAUCCUCCUUCGUCGCAUUCCAGUUCUAGUUCGCAGUCGGGUAGUCCGCAUGUCAAUGCGCAAACUCCUUCUUCUAAUAAAAAUCAAGCAUCCUCUGAUGUCAAGCCUAAUACGCCAGUUGGCAGUUCUUCGAAACCCAACACGGGUACGACAGCAGCUGGUGGCGUUAGAGGAAAUGUGGGGGAGGAGGGGAAAUCUUUUCUUCACUCGGAUUCUGAGGAGGAUUUGACUCACUUUAACUCGGGGUCUGAAUCGGAAUAG